AAGGUGGACCCCACGCCAUUCCAUGAUGCCUGUGUGAGGGACUCGUGUGCCUGUGACACUGGGGGAGACUGCGAAUGUUUCUGUACAGCUGUAGCAGCCUACGCCCAGGCCUGUAACGAGGCAGGGGCUUGUAUCAAGUGGAGAACACCAGAUAUCUGCCCUCUGUUCUGUGAUUUCUACAACCCUAUUGGUGAGUGUGAGUGGCAUUAUAAUCCGUGUGGAUACCCCUGUAUGAAGACCUGCAAGAAUCCCUCAGGAACAUGCUCCAGUCAGAUCCCUGCACUGGAAGGUUGCUAUCCAAAAUGUCCUUCGGCCCAGCCUUAUUUGGAAGAAAGUACCAUGAAGUGUGUCAGUAAGAAGGACUGUGGUUGCUACGAUGGAGAUGGAACUCAUUACAACGAUGGAGAGGUUAUACCUUCCAAGGAGAACUGUCAGACAUGGUAUGUUUUCAGAUCAACAUUUUGA